AUGUCUUCCAGACGUUUGCUUGCUUGUUCGAUACCGCAGUAUGUGUUGGCAAUGUUGGUCGCUUUGUUGCGCUGCUGGGUGCGCUUGAAAAUUGUUAAAUCUUUUGGUAGAGAUGACUGGGUGAUGAUCAGUGCAUUGAUCUCGCUUGGGCUAGGAAGUCAGGUUGAUUUACUAGAAGCCAAUAUGCCAAACUACCACAAUUUGCUUCUGGCUCGCCUUUUGCACCAGGUGUUUGUGGUAUUGGCAUUGGGCCUGGUAAAAGUAUCGAUUUGUCUGUUCCUUCUUCGUCUGGUUAUGAAGAAGCUAUACAUCCGGGCCCUCUGGGGUAUCAUCAUAUUCAUGGUCGUCUUCACGAUCGGUAGUGUGCUAUCAAUCAUUCUCCAAUGUAUUCCAAUUUCAGCAGGAUGGAACCAUUCUAUGCGUCCACCGCCAUUGGGAGUUGGCAACGCAAAGUGCUACAGCCUCAGCACGUUUCGUAAGAUCGGACUUUUCAACGGAGGUAUAGACACACUAUGCGAAUUUUUUUCUGACAUCAUUACUGACGGCGCAGUGAUUCAUAUUCUCUCGGAUAUAUUGCUUGCUCUUCUGCCGACUCCUCUUAUUUGGAGACUGCAGAUGGUCAGACGCGCCCGCUUCACCUUGAUAGCGGUCCUUUCCGUUGGCAUCCUUGCGGCAAUUGCUGGCAUAAUCAGACAAGUUAGUGUCGGUCCAAUUGACGAGUAUGACGCGUAUUCGAUUUGGAACUUUACUGAAUUGCAUCUUGGUGUCAUUGCGGCUUCACUACCAGCACUUAAACCGAUCUUCAAAAAGUUCUUCGAAACCAUUGGUACAAACAUAGCAAGGACGCCACGAUAUGGACCGUCCAAUAGUAUUGUAAUGUCACCAUUCGGAAACACGGCAGCUGCGAAAGGGGGGUGGCAAAUUGAAGACAAUAGCGACGUUUCCAUGUUGUGUCCUCCAGACAACAUUCGUGUGACGAGCGUAGUGCAGGUUCACCAAGGAUGGUCGCGGUCGUGA